GGUACGUCAAGCCUAUGUGUGCGCCGUCACCGAUACAGUGAUUUGUCCCAAAGACCUCAGCUCGAUGCCGACGCCGCGACGCAACUUUUGCAGUGAUGAUGUGCAGUGUCAUGUGGCGAUUGUUGUGUAGGAGCAUGACCCAUGGAUAUUUAUUACAGUUCUUCCUUCUUUUACUGACUCUUCUUCAGUGCACGCAUGGCUCCGGAUUUUUUGAGUUACAAGUACUGGAAAUGGCGAAUCCGCGCAGUGAACUUUCAAGUGGCGAAUGUUGCGGGGGUGGCGUAAGAUCCCCCCUGACGAACCGUUGCUCCGUUCCGUGCAACACCUUCUUCAGAUUGUGCCUGAAGGAGUACCAGAGUAACGUGACUAGUACCGGCUCCUGCUCCUUCGGGAACACCUCCAGCCAAGUAUUGGGACGCGAUACUUUCACACUUGCCGACCCCGACAGGGGCAAACUGGUCUUGCCAUUCACCUUCCGAUGGACGAGGUCCUUCACACUUAUACUACAGGCUGUGGAUCAUAAUAAUUUUUCAUUACCUGUUACUAACAAUAUAAUAGAAGAAGCGACGUAUUCAGGGAUAAUCGAUCCUAGCGCUGAAUGGCACACCUUAAACCAUAGAGGGCCCCGGGCACGCUUGACUUACAGGGUGCGCGUCAAAUGUGAUACUCAUUACUACAAUUCCACGUGUACAAAAUUCUGUCGACCAAGGAACGAUAAAUUUGGUCAUUUCAUCUGUGAUGUAAACGGAGACAAAGAGUGUAUAGAAGGCUGGAAAGGUUCUACUUGUGAUGUUGCUGCCUGUAAACCGGGAUGCCAUCCUGUCCAUGGCAAAUGUGACAGUCCUGAAGAAUGCAUAUGUCGUCCAGGUUGGAGAGGGGAUUUUUGCGAUCAAUGCGAGCCAUAUCCUGGAUGUAAGCAUGGAUACUGUAAUGGUUCUUCGUGGCAAUGCAUUUGUGACACUAACUGGGGAGGAAUCUUAUGCGAUCAAGAUCUGAAUUACUGCGGGACCCAUGAACCCUGCCUAAAUGGCGGAACUUGCGAGAACACAGCACCCGACAAGUACCUGUGCACUUGUCCCGAGGGAUUCUCCGGCACUAACUGCGAAGUAGUCGACAAUCCAUGCGCUCCUGCACCGUGCCUACAUGGGGGCACUUGUUUGGAGGUUGGGGGGUCGUUCAGUUGCGAAUGCAUGGCUGGAUGGACGGGACCGACUUGUAAUAUCGACAUUGAUGAAUGCGCCUCGGCUCCAUGUCAGAAUGAUGGAACGUGUAUAGAUUUAGAAAAUUCCUUCAAGUGCAACUGUUCGAGUGCCUGGGAAGGGAACUUAUGUCAAUUCGAUGUAGAUGAAUGCCUGACGAACCCUUGCAUCAACGCAAUAUCUUGCACAAAUUUUGUUGGCGACUAUCAUUGCAAAUGUGUCAUAGGGUGGACGGGAAAAAGCUGUAGUCAAAACAUCAACGAUUGCGUUGGGCAAUGUCAACAUGGAGCUACGUGUAUUGACUUAGUCAACGAUUAUCACUGUGCCUGCCAACCGGGUUAUACAGGGAGAGAUUGUCACACGGACAUUGAUGACUGUGCAUCAAACCCAUGUAAAAAUGGAGGAGAAUGUGUUGAUCAAGUAAAUGGAUAUAGAUGCAUUUGUCCUGUUGGUAUUACUGGCGGUAAUUGCGAGAACGAUUAUGAUCACUGCAAUCCCGAUCCCUGUCAGAACGGCGCGCCUUGCUUUAAAACGCAGUCUGAUUACUAUUGCCACUGUCCUGAAGGGUGGCAGGGGAAAAACUGCAGCCAGGCCAGUAUGACGUGCGACAGUCCACCUUGCGACGACGAUAUUGACAGCUGCGUUAUUGUUUCUGUUGGUGGUAGCAGAACAUCUGCACCAAGUUUAUGUGGUGAACAUGGUCAUUGUAUUAACCAACCAGGAAUCGGAUACAAAUGCCAAUGUCAGCCUGGAUACACGGGAAAUUAUUGUCAUGAAAAUAUCAAUGACUGUAAAGUAAAUCCAUGCGAAAAUGGGGGCACAUGUGUUGACAAGGUCAAUGCUUUUCAAUGCAUUUGUAUUGAAGGAUGGGAAGGUGCUUUAUGUAGUAUAAAUACUGAUGAUUGUUCACCAAAUCCAUGUCGAAAUAAUGGUACUUGCAUUGAUGGAGUAGCAGAUUUUGAAUGUGAAUGCAAGAAUGGUUGGAAGGGAAAAACUUGUUCAUUAAAAGAUAGCCAUUGCGAUCAUACUACUUGUAAAAAUGGAGGCACUUGUCAGGAUUUAGGAAAUACGUUUAUUUGUAGAUGUCCUCCAGAUUGGGAAGGUACAACUUGCCAUAUAGCAAAGCAAACAGCUUGUCGAUCAAACCCUUGUCUCAAUGGUGGUACUUGUGUGAAUACAGGUGAUUAUUACCAAUGCAUAUGUCGUGAUGGUUUUGAAGGAAAUCAUUGUCAAGAUGAUGUAAAUGACUGUAGUCCCCAACCUUGCUACAAUGGGGGAAAAUGUAUCGAUGGAGUAAAUUGGUUUCUUUGUGAAUGUGCUUUAGGUUUUACUGGACCAGACUGUAGAAUUAAUGUAAAUGAAUGUGCGUCAAAUCCUUGUGGUUAUGGGGGGACAUGUAUAGAUGAUAUUGGAGAUUUUAAAUGCAUUUGUCCACCUGGCAGAAAAGGAAAAAGGUGCAAUAUUGACGAUUUAACCUAUUUACCAUCUCCUGGAAGUUGCAGUUGGAAUGGCCAUACCUUAGAGAGUAAUGUUACUUGGCAACAUGAAUGUAAUACAUGUAUGUGUAACAAUGGCAUAGUAAAAUGUACAAAAAUAUGGUGCGGGCUUGGAAAUUGUCGAACAUCAAAUCAACAAAAUGCCAUGUGUACACUAUCUCAAGUUUGUGUACCCUCUUCUUCAGAAACUUGCCUUUCACCUCCUUGUUUACCUUAUGGAGAAUGUAGAGAUUUGGAAAGUGGUAGAAGAGUUAAACCACCUUCUUUGCCAACGCCAAGUACCUGCUGGCCAAAUCAAGCUAUUCUAAGUAAUACUUGUGCCAGAUUGACACUCUUGCUUGACAGGGUCAAGCUACCUCAUGGUAUAACAGUUGAAGGCCUUUGUGGAGACCUCAGAAGGUUACUUGCCAAUCAACAAGCUGUAGUGGGAUUACAAGAUGAACUCGUUCUCCUUUGUGAUCUAAAAACCAAUUAUAAUGACACAAUAGAAGUCACUCUGUCUGGAAAUCGCUGGGUUUUAGAUGGAAUCCGUGUUGUAGGAGAAGCAAUUUCAAGGAAACAAACAUCACUUUUGGCUCUUACAUCUAUUGUAGAAGUCAAAGUCGAAACAGCCUUAAUAUCUGAAGAGCAGCAAAACAAUAAAUAUUUGAUAGCAUUAGUAUGCUUUAUAAUCAUAGGCCUAUGUGCAGCUGCAUUUGCUGCUCUCCUCUAUAUCAGGCAGCGAAGAAGAAAUCUUGGUCUUAGUGGAGUAAACUUAUCACCAUCUACUGAUUCUUGCCAUAGAAAUCAUGAGGAUGAAAAGUCCAACAAUUUACAAAAUGAGGAAAACCUUAGAAGAUACGCUAAUCCCUUAAAAGAUGAUGUAGGAAGCUUGGCUAGUAUAAAUUCUGCAGGAGCAUGUGGACUAGAUAUGCCUAGGGUAAGUGUAGUUCGACCACUAUCAACUAUGAUUCCACAUGAAGGUUCUAGUGAAAUGUUGGAGAUGAUAUCAGAGGUAGACUGCCCUGGUUCGAGGAAAACGAUGUUAGUUUUACCUGGUACCAGUGCUACUGACAAUAACACUCUUAAAUUAAAUGAAGGUGUUAAAAUUAGUGAAAAUAUCAAAUUAGGAGAUGGCCUCAGUACUGCACACCGAAGCAGCCAAAUAAUGCUUUAUAAAGCUCAAAAUCCAGAUGUACGAAAAAAUACAGCUGCAUUUGAUGACUCUUCAGGACACAAAGACUUUAGCAAAAAUAUUAUUAAUAUAAAUAAACAAAGAACUUCGCAACAGAACACCAGUGCAAGUGCAGACGUGCUUACAGUUCUUGUUUGAGGGCCAGUGUAAUAUAAUCAAAUUAUUGGGGUUCUGUAGAACUAUAAUUACUUUAAAUAAAUAUCUUCUUAGACAUAGUACAUACAAAAUAUUUUGUGGUUUUA